AUGACAGAUGCAGCAGGGUUAAUGGAGGCGGCUGGAACUAGGUUUAGUUCCUUGGAGAUGAUUGGCAGAGGGUCAUUUGGAGAUGUUUAUAAAGCGUUUGAUAAGGAGCUCAACAAAGAAGUAGCCAUCAAAGUUAUUGAUUUGGAAGAAUCCGAAGAUGACAUUGAGGACAUUCAGAAGGAAAUUGCUGUUUUGUCACAAUGCCGGUGUCCAUAUAUCACAGAGUAUUACGGUUCCUAUCUUCAGCAGACUAAAUUAUGGAUAAUUAUGGAAUACAUGGCUGGUGGCUCUGUUGCAGACCUUCUUCAAUCGGGUCCUCCACUAGAUGAAACUUCAAUUGCUUGUAUUUUGCGUGAUUUGCUUCAUGCUGUUGAAUAUUUGCACAAUGAAGGGAAGAUUCACAGGGAUAUUAAAGCGGCGAACAUUUUGUUGAGCGAGAAUGGUGAUGUCAAGGUUGCUGAUUUUGGUGUUUCUGCACAACUUACAAGAACAAUCUCCCGAAGAAAGACUUUUGUUGGCACCCCCUUCUGGAUGGCUCCAGAGGUUAUUCAGAAUUCAGAAGGUUACAACGAAAAGGCUGAUAUCUGGUCUCUCGGGAUAACUGCUAUUGAGAUGGCGAAGGGGGAACCUCCUCUUGCUGAUCUGCACCCAAUGAGGGUCCUUUUUAUCAUACCGCGAGAAAAUCCACCACAGCUGGAUGAACAUUUUUCUCGUCCUAUGAAAGAGCUUGUUUCUAUGUGCCUAAAGAAAGCUCCUGCUGAGAGGCCAAGUGCUAAGGAACUCUUAAAGCACAGAUUUGUUAGAAAUGUGAGAAAGAGCCCAAGGCUUGUUGAGAGAAUAAGGGAGCGUCCAAAGCAUCCAAUUAAAGAUGGGGACAGCCCAAGAAAUGGUACCCAAGCAAGAGGCGAAGCAUCUGAUACUGUCAAAGUGACUAGGGAUGUAAGGGCAGAUGGAACUGUUCAAGCCAGUGGUUCAAGAAAACCCCUGAAAAAUGCCGGGUGGGAUUUCAGCAUUGGUGGAUCACAGAGUACGGGAACUGUUAGGAGUGCUUUAAGACCACCUCAGGUUAAAGAAAAGAAAGUUGAUGCGUCAUUUGAUAAGGUCAGCCAAAGAGGGACUUUGGAGCAUGGUAACCACUUGCUAUCUUCGUCUGGGAAUGCACUUCAGGAAUCAACUCAACCUUCACGCAUAAAGGAUUCCCGGGAGCCAUAUUAUACUGAUGAACAACCAGAUGAUGAUGAUGACUUGGCUGUGAGUGGUUCUGGAACUGUAGUUAUACGAACUCCUAAAGGAUCUCAGUCACCAUCUUCUUUUCAAGAUCAGAGUACUCUGUCUAGCACCACAUUAGCUUCAUUUGAUGAUGCAUCUACUAGUGGAACUGUUGUGUUCCGUGGCCAACAUGAUGAUUCUGAUUCUCCCCGGACCCCUAGAUCCCGAUUGGGGAUACAAGAGAGAAGCUCAAGUGCUUCUCAGGAAGACAGUGCUUCAAAUUUGGCUGAGGCAAAAGCUGCAUUGCAAGGAGGAGCAAGGAAAGGGAAUGCUAGAGAAAGGUCCGGUUUCAGCAAGGCCAACAAUGAUGGCCAUGAAAGUAGGAGAAAACAGCAAAUAACAAAUAGCUCUGAUUCUGCCAGUUCUCAAGACUACCUCGAUGCACAAAAAGCAUUCGCAAAAUCACGCCAGUCAAGUAUUGAUGAAGAAAGUGCGAGAGUAAUCUCAUCAUCAGCGCCUCUAUCAGUUUUACUUGUCCCUUCUUUGAAAGAGGCAGCUGCAAAUGGUUUAGAAGGAUCAUCAGUCCAUGCUGCUAUAAACUCCCUUGCGAAUAUGGAGCGCAUAAAGCCAGGGUCUUCAGAAAUCAUCGUCAGAAGUUUACUUCAGAGAUUGGCGAGCUCAAAGGAAUCUUCUAUGAAGGAUCUUCAGGAACUGGCGGCUGCUUUGUUGUCCAAGGGCAAGACCACCGAUGCUGAAGAAGCUCAAAAUGCAAAGAGACAACAGCCCAAAGAUUUCAACUCAAAUGCCAAUUUAAGCCCUCUUGCGAGGUUUCUCCUCUCAAGAUGGCAAGGUCGGGAGGUGUAA